AUGGAUAAGAGGAGUCAAGCGACGUUGUUUAACGCGCUAGCGUGGAUCGACUCGCUCAAGACACGUGAAGAAGGUGUCGUGAAUCCGGAAGCCGUCGAUGCAGCUCUCAACCGCUUUACCGAGGCAUUUGGCAUCAACUUGCAAGACGCUGAGCAGAAGCGACAGCUGGCAGUAAACGGGAACGUCUCAUUUGAUGAGAUCUUUGCUGCCGGUCUCAAGGCUCUGAACCUGACGGUGGGCGCAGCUGAUGAGCUCAAGUCUGUGGUGGACGACGAUCCCGUCGUCGUGAAGCACCCGGAGCUGUGGAAGAAAUGGGUGGCCAAAUUGGAGACCAAGGGCUUUUUUAACGACGCAGUUCCUGGUACAAGUGAGUACGCUGCUCGCACGUCCAAGGCGCUGGCUAAGUUUAAAGAGAAAUUUGGAGACGUGAUGCCAGAGAUGUCAAAGGAGGAAAAGGAAGCGAAAGCAGAGGAGGCGAAGGCGCAGGGCAAUGCAGCACUAAGUCUACAAGACUACGAAAGAGCUGCGAAGUUUUAUCGCGAAGCGCUACAACUUUCAGCUCAUGGACCGUCGUCUCAUAUUUACCAUUCGAACUUAGCAGCGGCGUUGAUGUACUUAGGUCAGUACUCGGACGUGAUUGAUCACUGUGAGCAGUCGAUCUCGCUAAAGCCGACGUACGUGAAGGCCUACUCACGUAUGGGUAGCGCACAGGUGCAGCUAAAGGAUUUUGACGGCGCGAUUGACACGUACAGGCGUGGGCUCGAGUUUGACAGCACAAAUGCGGCUUGUCGUGACGGACUUGCGGAUGCCGAGGUCAAACGUCGACAGGUGCAGGCGGCCCCUAUAGCUUCGGCAUCUACGUCGACGCCGUCUAGUGGUGGCAUGCCUGACUUGUCGAGCCUGGCAAGUAUGCUCGGUGGAGGUGGCGGAGGUGGCGGCGGCCUUGCUGACCUCAUGAGCAAUCCGCAGAUGAUGCAGAUGGCUCAGAGUAUGAUGCAGAAUCCGCAGAUGAUGCAGAUGGCGCAAAGCAUGAUGCAGAAUCCGGAAAUGCUCGGCAAUCUCAUGGGCGGUGGUGGUGCUGCUCCAAAUGCAGCUGCUGGUGGUGGGUUAGGAAGCGGCAUGCCUGAUUUGAGCAGCCUUAUGAACAGUCCUGAGCUUGUGGCAGCGCGAUCGGACCCGGACUUGGCAGACUUCUUCCGUGAUGUGGACAGCGAGGGUCCGUCCGCCGCUAUGCGUCACAUGUCAAACCCUAAGGUGUCAAGUCUUGUGCGAAGUAUGAUGCCUUAG